CUCUCUCGGUUAGUAACACAGAAACACAACCAUUAACACAAACCAGAGAACACGCAUUCAAACAACACAAAAGCUAACACAAAGCCAACGUUUUUUUCUUCUUAUCUCACUGUUGUAGUGUUGUGAUGAUGGUAGGAGUUUCAAGUAGAACUCGUAGCAAGAAUGUUCCUUCGUAUGGUAGUCUUUCUCUUAGCCGGUCGUCAAAGCGGAUAAAGAAAGAGGAAGAUGAUAUGAGUUUUGCUGCCUCUGGUUCUAAGAAAAGAAAGGGAAAGAACGAACCGUUUGUGUUGCCUUCAGAUGCUAAAGUUAUUUUCAUUGAUGAUGAUGUUAAAGAAGAAGAAGAAAGUGAAGAAAACGGUGGGUUUGUUGAUGAAAAGCCGACUGUUAUACGUUUAGAUGAAUCCGGUGAAAGUGAUGAAGAAGAUUCAGAUUGUGAUGAUAGUGAAGAAAAUGAGUCAAGUGAUGAAGAUUUUAGCGUAAAUGAAGUGAGUGAGGUUUCAGAGAGUGAUGAAGAUGGUUCAUCAUCAUCUUGCUCUGCUUACGUGAAUGAGAUAAAGAGAGAUAGUUCACGGAAAUAUCUGGAAGUGGUGGGGGAGAUGGUGAGAAAGGUAAUGGAUGAUGAAAAUAGUGAGAUUUCUGAGAAGAAAAAUAUUUCAAAGAGGAAAAAGAUUAAGAGUAGUCAAGGUGAAGAAAGUGAAAUUUCGAAGAAGAAAAAGAUUAAGAGUAGUGAUGGUGAAGAAAAUGAGAUUCCAAAGAAGAAAAAAAUACUGAGUAGUGAUGGUGAAGAAAAUGAGAUUUCAAAGAAGAAAAAAAUACUGAGUAGUGAUGGUGAAGAAAAUGAGAUUUCAAAGAAGAAAAAAAUACUUAGUGAUGGUGAAGAAAGUGAGAUUUCAAAGAAGAAAAAGAUUAAGGGUAGUGAUGAUGAAGAAAAUGAGAUUCCAAAGAAGAAAAAAAUACUGAGUAGUGAUGAUAAAUCGGAGGAUGAAGAUGAUGGUAGUGUAGCAACAACAACUACUAGGGUCUUAGAGAAGAAGGGUGAUUUUGAUCCAACGGAGGGUUGUUGUUCUUCCUCUAAACUGAAUGUAGCGUCGGAGAGAAAAAAGGAAAAAAAUGUCUCUGAUGUAAAUGUGUUCAAAUCCAAAGGCAAAGGUAGAGUUAAGCAUAAUGAAAGUUUGGAUUUGGAUCCUAAUGAAGGAAAAGAACAGAAUGUUCGAGGUGUAGGUGACGGUGAAGCAAGUGUUACGAAGAUUGAAACAGAAGAGACGGUGAUCAAGAAGAAAGGAAGUGAUGAUAAAGGUAAAGCCAGCAUGCAGCAUGACAAGAAAAAGGAAACAGUUGCUGCAAACAAAGGAAGAGAUGAUAAAGGUAAAGCCAGCAUCCAAAGUGACAAGAAAAAAGAAACAGUUGCUGCAAACAAAGGUUUGAAUCAGAGGGGCAAAAGCACACUUUUUAUGCGGAAGGAGUUGCGUUUAUUCGAACUCCUUGCUGAAUUCUACUGGGGAGACAAGGAUAAUACAGUUAAGAAUGAUUCAACUCCAUUCGAGGUGAAGAAUGAUGAUGUUAAUCGUCCCGAAACACGGCCACCGUCGGCUUCUGUGGAGACACGUCCGUUGAUAUGGAAUCUUAAAAAGAAGGAAGUAGUGCAGAAGUCGAAGGAGGAGGAGGAGGUGGCUAAGUUAUGGGAUGAAAUGGAGAGAUCACUGAGAGAAAUCGAAGCCGAAUCUAUGAUUGGAAAAUAUGAAACUACUCAUGAAAAUUUGGGAAAUCCAUCCACUAGAUGUGAGCACGAUCUUCGUCUCGACGAGGAGAUUGGGGUAUACUGCAGAUUAUGCCGUUGGGUCGAAACUGAGAUACGCUACGUCUCCGAACAAGUAGUGGAUAAAUUUCCCAAUGAGGGUUCUAGAAAAAGAGCUGCAUUUGAUAAUGUAAAUGUCUCACAUUUUGAUGGAUCACAGUUCAAACUUUCUGAUAAUUAUUCAGAUCAGUCCAAUUUCAGCUUUCAUGAUCAAGGCACUGUUUGGGAGCUGAUACCUGAUGUCAAGAAGACCUUGUAUCCUCACCAACAAGAAGGCUUCGAAUUCAUCUGGAAAAACUUGGCUGGAAGCAUUGAGCUUAACAAGUUAAAGAAUGCAGAUCCUCAACGCGAGGGUGGCUGCAUUAUGUCGCACGCUCCUGGAACUGGAAAGACUAGGCUCACUAUAGUCUUUCUCGCGACUUAUCUGAGAGUUUUCCCAAAAUGCUUGCCUGUUAUAGUUGCUCCAGCGAGUUUGUUGCUUACUUGGGAGGAGGAGUUCAAAAAAUGGGACAUUGGAUUUCCAUUUCAUAAUUUGAGCAAUCUUGAGUUAUCUGGUAAAGAGCAUGUUGAUGCCCUUAAUUUGGUUAGUCGGUCUAAUAGCGGGGAUACAACCCGGAUGGCGAAACUGAUUUCGUGGAACAAAGAAAGGAGCAUCCUAGGAAUCAGUUACAGUUUGUACGAGAAGCUAGCCGGAGGAGGAGGAUCUCAUGACAAGAAAAACAAAAAACACGAAAUUAUGGGAAAUGUUUUGCGUGAGAAACCGGGUUUACUCGUGCUAGAUGAAGGUCACACUCCGAGAAAUAAGAAAAGUGGUAUAUGGAAGGAGUUGUCAAAGAGUCAUACAAAGAAGCGAAUUAUUCUUUCGGGAACUCCUUUCCAGAACAAUUUCUUGGAGCUGUAUAACACUUUGAGCUUAGUGAAGCCUUCUUUUCCUAGCACAUUACCGGAUGAGCUGAAAAAGUUUUGCCAGAAGCCGGAACAGAAAAAAGCAACGAAAGAAUGGAGUUGGAAACCGGAUUCAGGUUCUGAUGAUAAGAUCAAGCAGCUAAAAUUGCAUAUGGAUCCCUUAGUGCAUGUUCACAAAGGAGCAAUCCUUGAAAAGAAGCUUCCCGGGAUAAGGAAUCGUGUGCUGAGAUUGAAAGCGGAUAGUUUGCAGAAGCAAACUAUUGAGAGCAUUCAAAGUUCUCAGGGUACAUUCACCUUUGAGCAUAAGCUGACAAUGGCAUCCAUUCAUCCGUCACUUUUUCUCGAAUGCGAGCUUUUGGAAAAAGAGGAAUCUGUUCUCGACAAGGUCAUGCUAGAAAAGGUCAGAUUGGAUCCCUACAGAGGUGUGAAAACAAAGUUUUUGGUGGAGUUUGUUAGACUCUGUGAUGCUGCAAAUGAGAAAGUGCUCGUGUUCAGUCAAUUCAUCAAACCGUUACGCUUAAUUAUAGAACAAUUAAGCUUGGCCUGUAAUUGGACAGAAGGGAAGGAAAUGCUGUUCUUGGAUGGAGAGGUUGAUCUUAAGGGAAAACAAUCCCUUAUCCAUAACUUCAAUGGUGCAAAUUGUCAAGCUAAGAUUCUACUUGCAUCGGUAAAAGCAAAUUCCGAGGGAAUCAGCUUAGUUGGAGCGUCGAGAGUUGUGCUUCUGGAUGUUGUAUGGAAUCCGUCGGUCAAACGACAGGCUAUCAGCAGAGCCUAUCGGAUUGGACAGAAGAGGGUUGUAUACACGUACCAUCUGCUCAUUGACGGGACUACCGAGUGCGUGAAACAUUGUAAGCAGGCGGAAAAGGAUCGGUUAUCUGAACUUGUUUUUCAAGCUAAGAAUAAUGGUAAUGAUGAGUUGGAGAAGAGUGGUGUGAAAUUUGAAGACAGUAUUCUUGAGAAAAUGAUACAGCACAAAGAGCUCAAAGACAUGUUUGUUGAAUGAGAAAGUUCAGCCAAAUGAGCAAUAUUUGGGGAUCUAUAAUCUGACUGGGAAAAGAAAUGUGUGCAAGAGCAUAGGUACUGAUUUUGGAUCAGCACAAAACAUGAUAUUGAAAUUCUUAUUUGGUAUUUACAAUUAGUGUUGAUUGACUUGUAAUUUAACUAUAUAUUUUGAUUGAAUUUGAAGUGAUUUAGGGAUAAGCAAUGUAAUAUGUAGUUGUCUGUUUGGUUUAAGAUAUAGAGAUACAGAAGCAAUUCAUUGUAACCUGGAACC